UGGUCAAGACAUGUGACUGAUACCGGUUUUAACAGGAACACAUUGGCUUUUGGUUACUUUCUAUGAACCAAACUGCGUGAGUGGCAAACAUGGAAGUCAUACAGGCAUUCAUAUUAAUACUUCUGCUUUCUCCUCAGAUCACUAUGUGGACAGACUACCAGACAGCAAAUAUCCUGGUCUACACACGGAUGAUGGAGAGUGGCUCCAUAGACCAGGCGGUGGUUGUUUUGGUGAAUGAAGCCACAUUUGCAUACUUUGACCAGGCAAAAAAAACGUUUGUCUUGCGUCCCAGUGCAAGCGCCGGGUUCUCAGUUUUAGAAGGCAGCGAUCAAUCGUUCUGCGUGUAUGAGGUGUUACAAGGAUUUUAUCGACAAACUGGUAACCUGGAGAAACUCAAACAAGAAACAAAUUCAUCAAAAGCACUUUUGGAACGUCCUUCAGUCAAUGUGUAUACUGAAUUUCCUGAAGAACAAGGAAAAGUAAAUGUCCUUUACUGCUAUGCCACUGGGUUUUACCCUGGUGACAUUGAAAUAAACUUUUAUCUAAAUGGCCAAAAGUCCACUGUGAAAGCAGAGACCUCUGACUUAAUGUAUGGGGAAGACUGGACCUUCAAAGUGUACAAGUAUAUGAAUAUCACCCCACAGUAUGGGGACGUGUACACAUGUGAAGUGAGACACAGUAGUUUGGCUGAACCUAAAAUGACAGAGUGGAGGCCUGAAUUUUCAGCAUCCACAUCACAUCUCUACUGGGCUUAUGUACUACCUCUUGGCAUCCUGUUGGGAAUCAUGGUAUCUGUCCUGAUUUUAAGAAGAAAACAGCGUUCUCAAAUAUAACGGGGAAAAACUGAACUGCAGUACAUAUGUUCAUCUGAACUUUGUGGCUUAUAGAUGAGCACAGUAUAUAACUCAUUUAAUUAGGUAGAAUCCAUUACAAUCUAUAAUUUAAUCUUUAUCCUGUAAAUCCAUGUUUGCCAUUUUUAUGGCUGGUUUCACAGAUGAGGCUUAAAGCCUAGUCCCAGACAAAAAAAUGCAUGUUUGAGCUGUUUGCACUGAAAGCAACUUGCACUGACAUAUCUUAAAAUAUGUCAGUGCCACUGAUUUGUAUCAAAAUGUACACCAGUAUUGUUUUUUUAUAAGGCACAUUUAAAACAAACAAACAAACCCUUAAAUGCCCUAAUUUAACUAAGGACUAAUCCUGGCUUUAUAAGCCCUGUCUGUGAAACCAGGCUUUGGUGUUCUUUAGUCACUUUAAAAUAGUCUGUAUUUACUGUCAGGGGCAUUUGUAGGCAUGGGGACAAGGGCACGGGGUGCCUACUCCAGAAAAAUAAAUAA